AUGGAGGAGACGGUCGGACCUGGAGUGGUUCUCAUUCCACAGGAACACAUGGGCUCAGCACAGGGGCGUGUGGAAGUGGCAGGGGGACCUUUAGUGAAAGGAGCAUUAAAGCUCCUUUCUGUCUUCUGUGCCUGCAUUGUCUCCAAAAGGCAAGCUGAACAAAUUCCUGUGUUUCUAAGAGUUUCCUCAAGUGACAUUUUCUUUUAUCCAGAAAUGGAUAAAAGAAAGGAUGAGUGUCAUAUUCAGGAAUUUCAUAGUCAGGAAAAUGUGAAAUUAUUGGGACAGUUCAGAUUAAUUCUUGAAAUUAUCUUACGAAAUUCACUUUUAAUUUCCCUAAUAUUUCUCUUUCUACAUAUGUUAGCAUUAAAGCUCCUUUCUGUCUUCUGUGCCUGCAUUGUCUCCAAAAGGCAAGCUGAACAAAUUCCUAUGUUUCUAAGAGUUUCCUCAAGUGACAAGCAACUGGACUUUCUACUCCAGGCUAAAAUAAAUAAAUCACAGAGAUUUCCCAGAAGGCAAAAUGUUGCAAUUCUGUGGCACCGCUGUUCACUCCCUACACCAUAUAUGAACGAAAACAUGGAAUAUCAUGACAAUGCUGGUUUUCUAACUUCUCAGUCAGGAACGGAAAUAGAACAAGACCGGCUUUGUGAUUUACCUCCAGCAAAUUGCAUGGAGUGCAGUGGCACUAUCUUGGCUCACUGCAGCCUCCGCCUCUCGGGUUCCAGCAAUUCACCCGCCUCAGCCUCCUGAGUAGCGGGGACUAUAGGCACUCACCACCAUGCCCAGCUAGUGAUAAAAAUAAUUGUGAUAUCAUAUAGGUGCUAUCAUAAAGGUGGGGGCCAGAUGAGUGGGGAGAGGCGAAGAGAUAGGAAAGGUGGGAUCAGAAUUAAUCUUCUUUACAUCUCGGGAAAUAGGCGCUUCGUCGGCAAGUCAGUGCUUGAAAGCUCACAGGGAAUCCUGGUCAGGAAGCAGUGA